AUGGCGAGAUAUUAUUCGACACUAGACAGUGAUAUGAUGCUGGAUAUCACUGCCAUCAUAGGCAACACUGACACCAGCCCCGACUACACGAUGAAAGUGACGAACCCGCAGACGGAGAACAACUCGGCAAUUGCAUUAAUCUCUAGUGCUUGGAAGAAGACCAUGUCCAAGUCGAACCUCGAGUGGUUCAAUCAUUGUGGAUACUUAGCGUACGCCUUGGACGACAACCUGACCGUGCUCACACUCAAUACACUGCCUUAUUCGCCGAGUCACUUACCAUAUACAUCGAAUGUGCCCGACCAAUUUGAACAGUUUACAUGGUUGAAUGCUACGUUGUUUGAAUUGAAGACUUACAUCAAGACGUACAAGUGGAUUGUAAGCCAGUACACGGAUAUUAUCAAGGCACAGUUCUUCGGUCACAUCCACAGCAUCGAGUUCCGGCUGCCUCUCACAAACAGCCUGAGUGCACAAUUCCAGCAAUACGGAGUGACAGUGAAUGAUGACUAUGCAGACAGCUCCGAACUGGUGCCGUUGUUCAUGCGGCGGCAAUUUCCCCAAUCCGUGGAUUGGAAGCCACUCUUCAAUGCAAGCCAUACUUACGGUGUCAGCUCGCUGAAUACAUCAGAGAUUUCUCGCUUUGUGGAGCGUGCAGCAGCAGACGCAGAGCUUCUUGAGCAAUAUUACUUCAACUCCAGGGCCCAGUCGCAUCUCCAAUCCUCACGUACCGAUGUAUCAUGCCAAGCUGAGUGGUUGUGUUCAAUGUAUUGGUGGUCGACAGCGGGAGACUACGAAGCCUGUGUGUCAUCCACCAAGGCAUCCAAACUAAAGCGCACAUCUAUCAUCCAACACUCAAGCACGUCGUCUUCCACCGGAUCUCUGCUAUACGCAUCAACGAUUCUUUGUAUUGUGGGAGGUAUGGCAGCAGCCGUUGCUUUUGCGCUGCUUACAUGUCGUCGAAACGGUGACCAAGAAGCUUCGAAGCUCUUGCAACACCAACGCGUCCAGUUUGCAGCAAUAGUGUGA